AUUACUUCUUCCAAUUAUCUCACACACACAACACACACCAUAGUAAGUGUUAAUGUUUAGAGAGAAGAGAUAGAAAAUGGGUGGUACUGGCAAUAGAGACCCUGUGAAGGUGGUGAUAAUCAACACAGAGUACGUGGAAACCGAUGCUGUGAGCUUCAAGUCUGUGGUUCAAAGGCUCACCGGGAAGAACUCCACGCUGGCCCAAGAGCCGUCGCGGAAUGAAGCUCCGGCCCGUCGUAAUGCGCCGGUGUUGGGGCGGGGAAUGUCGUUCAGGGAUUUUGAUAGGAUGCUUAAGGAGCUGCCUCCGCUUGAUGAACUUUACAGACUUUAUCCUGAAUAGUUAGAAGCUCCUUAUUUAUGGACUUCUUUUUUCUUUUUCUUUUUUCUUUCGUAUAUACAUAUUAUUCCAUUGAUUCUUUUUUUUUUUUCUGUUGGAAUUUUCCUUAUCCAUCAUUUAUAUAUGCAUAUACAUAUAUAUAUAUAUAUUUAUAUUUAAACAUAUAUAUGUAUUUUAUUUUUACCACACAUGUACUAGCUCAUCUUAUGUUGAAAUAAGACGAAUCGUAUUUGUGUACAGAAUGCAGAAGUAAACUUUUCUCAAUAAGUAUGACUAUAUAUAUAUUUAUAUUUCGUACAA